CCAGACAUCUCACAACAUACUUCCUGUUGCUGUUUUUUAGUCAGUUUAUAUCUCUGGUUUGCAUUAGAAUUCAGUCAAGUUUUUCAGUCAGUAAAGGCACAGUGAAAAGUAAGUUUCUAGAGUCCAAUCCAGCAUGGGUGUACGGGCACGGGUUAUUCUCUGCUGGCUUCAGGUUAUUUGUGCUGUCGUGUUUGGUGAUGUUUGGAAGGUGAAGGUAGAGUCUGAAAUGGAUGCUCUGGUCUCAUCUUGUGUCGUGUUGCCCUGUGCCUUCAAAUACCCUCCUCAAGAACAGCCCUCCAGUCGUACUAAAGGCAUGUGGCACAUGAAGGGCAAACGGGAAGAUUACAUCUAUCACAAUGAUCCUACAAGGGUUCUAGACAAUUUCAAGGGUCGUACUAAACUGAUUGGUUCACUGGGUGAUUUAAACUGCUCCUUGGAGAUUGAUGAUGUCAAAAACCACGACAACGGCCCGUAUUGUUUCAGGGUGGAAAUAGAGACAUCUAAAACUGACAAGUAUUCCUUUGUGGAUAACUGUGUGACAAUUAAAAUGAUUGAGAAAGCAUCAAAACCAGAGUUGCAGGCUGAGAAGUCUGUGGAAGAAGGUCAACCUGCAAUCUUCAAAUGCUCCGUCCGUCACACCUGUCCGUCCCAUCAGCCCACUCUCAGCUGGAACCACCCUGGAAAAACCAUCGUGAGCUACAAGCACAUUGAUCAUGGAAAAUGGGUAGCAGAGUCUCUCCUUACCUUCACCCCAACAAAAGAGGAUGAUCACUCCUCUGUCACAUGCACAGUCAAGUACCAUGGGUAUGUUGAGGGUGAAAUGGAAGCCACUCACCCUAUCUUUGUGAAAGAACAAUCAACUCUCAGCCACAUUCUCAUACCAGCCAUCUCUGGUCUUGGAGCUGCUCUUUUGGUUGGAUUACUGUGUUUAUUCGUUGUCAAGAAAUACAAGAAUCGCAUUGCAGAUCUCCAAUCCAGAAAUGACAAUGGCAGUGACCCAUGUGGCAGAGAGCAGAGGCAACAACAGAUUCUAAUGCGCUCUUCUGCAACAAACCAGGACUAAACAAAUCCUCAAGUGGAAAUCAUCUACUGAAUCUGUGAUUUAUUUUGGAUUUUAGUUAUAUUUGGGUAUAGAGUUGUUUUAUGAAAAUAGACUUCAUUAUCAGCAGGAAUUGAAGGUCUUGGGUUGGAUACUAUCUGUAAUUUUUUGGACAGUAAAUAAGAUAAAAGUUUAUGUAUGAAUGAAUAUUUUUAGAUUGAUCUAGAAAGCCUGUUCAGAUGCAAUGUUGUACUUUUCUCACACAAUUUACUUUCUCCCUGUUUCUCAGUAGUAAUCUCAAUCAAGGAAAGUCACCAAAAAACUCAGAACAGUUGUUUGAUGUGCUGUCACAAAUUAACAUGUUAACCAUUUUUUUUAUGUUUAUCACUUUCUUUUUUAGCACAUCCUUUUUUUCUGACAAUGCUUUGGCUAGCAUUAUAUUAUAUGAUCAUGCUCUCAUUCAUUCAAGUGCUUUUAAACCAUUCAAGCACGAAAAGAAAACUCAAUUUGGUAAUGUUCUGUGAAGUGGCUCUCUGUAAAUGACCAUAAACGCAGAAAGUCGCUUCUCAGUGCACCAGUACAGAUUUGAAUUCUCUUUUGCAAACCUGAACCAACAAAACACACACAAUUACGUUAAAAAGGCACAUUCUUAAUGACCGUAAAGAGUUGAGAGAAAUUAGGAUGUGUCAGAUUCGCGCCAUGCCUAAACAAGCUGAAGUCAUAAAUGUCAAUACAACAAAUAAAAAAGGGAAAAUCACACAUUGCUCUUGACUGAAUAACAUUUGUAGCUUUAAUAAUGAUUAAUCAGUAUUUAAUGUAUGAAGACUGUGCAGUGUUAUUUUACAUUUGAUUAGUUCAUUCAAUUUCUGUAUAGUUCUUCCCUUAAUGUUACUGUUAGACCUACUUGAAAAUCUUAAAGCACCUUUUACAAGGACUUUACAUGGUUCAGGAGCAAAGGGGGAAUUUUUUUUUUUUUUUUUUUUACAAAUUAUGCCAUUAAUUGCUUUUAACUUUGACUUGUUUGGAAUUUCACAUUUGACAUGUUAUUUUCAAAAUAAAUAGCAGUGAAGUGUAUAGUGUUUUGUUUCAUGUCUAAAUUGUAAAUUAAAUAAUUCUAGUGCAUUUCACUUAUCAACUGUAAAAAUGUAUAAUUUUGAGGGAAAAGCCUUUGGCAACAAUAAUUGUUUUAUAAUCAAAUUAAAAAUUCAAGCAGUCA